ACAUUUUUGGCACUACUAGUUUGCAAUGGAGUUGCCGUUCUUGUAAGUUUCCUAAUCAUACUGCGGGUGUGAAGUUUUAAAUUCCGGUAUUAUGGCAAGUACGCAGUGUCGAGGCAAUGCUGCCGUUGUAGUUUUAGGUGAUAUUGGUCGGAGCCCUAGAAUGGAGUAUCAUUGUUUAAGUUUAUUAGAGGAAAAUUUUAAUGUUGAUGUUAUCGGUUAUGUUGAAACAAACCCUCUAUAUGCUAUUAGAAGAGGAUAUCCGAAAUGUAAAAUACAUGAACUUUCGCCAGUCCCAAUAACGAAUCUAAUACCAAUUUUGAAACUAUUUUUUAAAGCAAUUUGGCAAACUAUAAGUUUAUUAAUUGCAUUAAUGUCUAUCAGACGCCCAGAUUUCUUACUUGUGCAGAAUCCUCCGUGCGUGCCUGCGUUGUUAGUUUGUUAUAUAUAUUCUGCUGUUACACGUUCCAAGUUAGUCAUCGAUUGGCAUAAUUACACUUAUACUAUAUUAGGAUUGUCAGCUGGUGAAAAAAGUUUUUUGUGUGGGAUAGCAAAGCGGAUUGAAAGAUUUUGUGGUCAAAAAGCGAAUGCUAACAUUUGUGUAACAAAGGCUAUGAAGUGCGAUUUACAGAAAAAUUGGAACAUUAGAGAUAUAACAGUACUAUAUGAUCGACCUUCAGCUCGAUUUCACUCCAUUGAUUUAUGUAGGAAACAUGAAAUAUUUAUGAAGCUAUCAAAGGAUUAUCCGCAGUUCCUUCCUAAAUGUUAUUCUGACCUUAAAGAAUGUGGAGUUAUUGAAUCAACGGCAUUUACUCAGAAGCAAGUUAAUGGUUGUACGCGUCGUGUCGUUAUGCUUGACUUUGGUAGUGAUGCUGAAGUCACAUUUCCAGUUAUAAAUGCUGUUGCUUGCUUAGCGGUUGAUUGGUUCUGA